CGUGGCAAUAGCAAGAAGAUAAUGAGUCGUUACAUUCAAAAACGCCUCUCAUCGACUCAACCGCCUAAUUUCGACCAAAGUUGUCUCCUUGUAUAUUGUUGAAAAACUAGGGAUUCGUGGUCCGAUUCGCUUGAUCGCUCCGAAUCAGCAGUCUUAGUUGAGAAACGAGAAUCGAGAUGUCGAUUCAGGUGAGUCGGGAGGCCUCUUCGUUCAAAUUUGACAUGCAAUUGAUCGGAACCUUUCUGAGCUUCGCGUCGAGAGGGGACAGAGUGGGACUGAACCAGAUGUUGCGGCAAGGCAUAUCUCCCAAUGUGCAAGACUACGACAGCCGAACUGCCCUGCAUCUCGCCGCCAGCGAGGGCCACGCUUCGAUUGUGGAGCUUCUUCUGCAGUACAGGGCCGACGUCAACCUUAAAGACCGCUGGCAACGAACUCCCCUAACAGAUGCAAGGCUCUAUGGACAUCGAGAUAUAUGCAAAAUCCUGGAAGUCAAUGGAGGAAAGGAUACAAUUGAUGAUCAUGAUCAGCCGAUGACUGUUCGUCAUGAAGAAGAUACAAAUGAAGUCAACAUUGAUAUAUCUGAACUAAACUUUCAGCAAUCCUCAACAAUCAAACAGGGUGUAUUUGGUGCAUCAGAAAAGGUCAAGUGGCGUGGGACAUUGGUUGUUAAAACCAUAAUUGAACGACGUAUAUACCAUCCAGUAAAAAUGGUGCUAUCUGCUACAGAUAAUUCCCUGUUAAGGGAACUUCGACAUCCAAAUAUUUUGCAGUUUCUUGGUUCAAUUGUGCAAGGUGAAGAGAUGAUCCUCAUUACAGAGUAUUUGUCAAAAGGAAACUUGGAUGAUAUUUUGGCCAAAAAGAUCCGCCUUGACCUGCAAACUGCUCUGCGCUAUGCACUUGAUAUUGCCAGGGGAAUGAAUUACCUUCAUCAGCAUAAGCCCUUCCCUAUAGUCCACAAUCAUCUGGAUCCUAGAAACUUGUUGCAAGAUGAAGGCGGCCACUUGAAGGUUGGUGAAUACUGGGUCCAGAUGUUAUAUAGACAGAUACACCCAAAUCAAGAAAGUCGCCACAGAACUGAUAAGUCUGGCAUCAUCAGUUGCUCAUUAAUUGACACAACAAAGGACAUCCAUUCAUUUGGAUUCAUGUUUUACCAGAUGCUAGAAGGAAGGCAGGGUACUGAUCAGAACUUUGACUUAAUCCAUCUCAACUCCAUUGAUUAUGUACCAAAGUUCCAUCCAAAUCGAUGUCCUGCUAGAAUUCAGCAGUUGAUAGAGCAUUGCAGUAGCAAAGACCCUUCUGAAAGGCCCCCCUUCGAGAAUAUCAUAACUAUACUUGAAGAAGUCUCCUCCUGUUUGGGCAAAGUUGCUUGCCCUGUUUGGUGAUCACAUUUUGCAUACCCGUGGCACUGAUAUGGGAAAUGCUCACUCGACAAACUUAACAGCCCGUUUGGAAACAUAAAAAACUGGGGGAAUUAGCUUUGGUCGUUAACUCCCCUCAAUGUGAAGUCAAUAAUGGCAUUCUUCCUCUUAAAGUUGAAGUGGUUUUACUUCUUACUGGGCUUGGUGAUGAACAUCUAUCAUCUAUGUCCGCCCAUUCACGGGCUACAUGUCGUAGAUAUGUUUUCUUGUAAAUGUGAAAGAACAUUCUUGUGCAUCUUUGACUAAGAAUUUGUCAAUUGGUGUUUCUUUCACUCGUCGGUUCACGCUUGCUUAUGCCUUUAAUUAGGUUCCCAU